AUGCGGUCCAAAUUCAAAGACGAACAUCCAUUCGAGAAGCGAAAGGCCGAGGCAGAGAGAAUUCGACAAAAAUACCCCGAUCGAAUUCCUGUUAUUUGUGAAAAGGCGGACCGAACGGACAUUCCGACGAUAGACAAGAAGAAGUAUCUGGUCCCGUCAGACCUCACGGUCGGUCAAUUCGUCUACGUGAUCCGAAAGCGGAUCAAAUUGGCACCUGAGAAAGCAAUCUUCAUCUUUGUUGAUGAGGUCUUGCCCCCUACGGCUGCUUUGAUGAGUGCGAUAUACGAGGAACACAAAGAUGAAGAUGGCUUCUUGUAUGUCACUUACUCCGGGGAAAACACGUUUGGUAUCGACGCAACCCGACCUCUACGUUGUCAGACCGAUUGA